AUGUCCAAUCCUGACGAUUUAGAUGACGGUCUAGUCUACGAUUUCAGUGGACAAGAAGACAAUUCAAUCUCUGACCUUCCAAGUGAUAAUGAAGUUGGAAAUAUGAAAGAAUCAGAUACUAAACUUGACACUACUACUAGAUCUCGUAAACGUGAUAAUGAAUUCAGUGAGAAUGAUGAUCGUAAUGUUGAAAAAUUGUCAAAAAGACAAAAAAAAUUACAAAACUCUAAGUUCCGAGAAAAGAAGAAAGAAAAGAUUGAAUACGAAAUCAAUCAAAAGAAGUUGAUACCAAGAAGUAAUACAGAUACCAUAUCAGAGUAUUUCAUUAAGUUGAUUCGUUCAAAGAAUCCAAAUUUAAGUGCAUUGGAAUUAGAUAACCUUUAUUUAAAGAAAAAUGAUUUUAUCUCAACUGAGCCUUUUAAAGACGAAAGAGAUUUGAACAAUCUAGCCAAGUUUAUAAUAAAUUAUUCGAAGGCUCCAAAUGUCAUUAUUUUCAGUAUGUCCAAUAAGAGAAUAGCUGAUGUGUUUAGACAAUUAGGUGGUAGUAAAACCUCUGUAAAACUUUUCGCUAAAAAUAAAUUAGACCAGGAUAUAACUACUGUGACGAAUAUCUUAAAUAACAAUGAUACUAAUACUACAGAUAAGAAUCAAAGAAAUGGAAACUUAAAAGAUAAAAAACAAAAAAAGAAUAAAAAUUCCAGCCCAACACCUGUCUCCUCCUCUUCAACAAAUAUUAAAUAUUUUAUUGCAACUCCAACUAGAAUGGAGAAAAUCCUUGCCUCAACAGAUGUUUUUUUCCAAGGUAAAGAUAAAUUGGAUAUAAUAUUGGAUGCAAGUUAUUUAGACAACAAAAGCAAUUCGUUAAUUUCAUUUGAAAAUACUAUGACACUUUGCAAAGUAUUAAAGACAAUUAUAGACAAUAAAAGUUCAGUUAAAAUACUUCUAUACUAA